UUGUAAAAAGCCAUAUCCAUGAAUGAAAAAACUGCUUCACCGAAUAAAGAUGCGGUUCCUCAAACGGACGCUUACAUGGGUCUGUGCAAUUCGCUCACAUACCGAUUUGAAGGAUGGAGGCAUCUUGUAGAAAAUCUUAUAUCUUUCUUUAAACAGCUUGAAUCUUUGUCGAAAUCCACAUCAAAAGAAUACUUAAAAUUGAGUAAAACAAUAACGCAUCCCUCCAAAGAUGUGAACAUAUUUGAUGAACACGGAGUGCAGGAUGUGUUUGCGGCCUUGCGAGACCAAACUGCUGCUAUAUCGACAGAUAACGAGCAAUUAUCUAUUCAGCUUCCCGGAGCUAUUAUUAAGGUCUUAGAAUUACUUCGUGAUGACUUGAAAGAGCACUGUAAAAAAAUCAAUGCUGAUGGUACCAAGGGUGUAAAGGGCGUAGAAAAGCAACGUUCAGAAUCGCAGAAGCUUCUUGUACAACUAGACCGUGCUUUAUUACCUUGGGGAAGUGAUAACCCGGCUUCUAUAAAUGUAAAAAAUGAUCCUUUUAUUGUUGAUCGCCUUGUCCUUAACUCCCUAGCUCGUCAAGUCGCCGAAGAGAACAAUCACGUUCAAUCAGUGGCCCAAAUUCAAGAACUUUCUUUUCGAUUUGAGCAAAAUACUAUUUCAAAAAUCAAGGAUAUAAUACGCCAGUUUGAAGUACUCAUGAACCAAACCUUUACCAAAUCCAUAAAUCAUGUGCGUGAAGUUUUACAAGUAUCCGAAGCACAAACUUUAACCGCUGAAUGGUCUUCAUAUGCCAAACGGGAACCUGAUUUUAUCAAGGGUUCUGUAACACCUCGAAUAUAUACCGAAUUACCGUAUCCCGGUAAGAAUAAACCACCUACCGUUCCAAUUAUUGCUGGUUAUUUAAUUCGAAAGACCACAAUCAUGAAGAAAAAGCAAAGAGGAUUUUAUGCUUUUACUCGUUCUGGUUAUCUUUACGAAUUCAAGUCCUCAGAUCCUCAAGUCGAUCCUGAACCGGAGUUCGCCUUAUACAUACCCGAUUCCUUAAUUGGUCGUCCCUCGGACAAAAAGGCAAAGUUUAAGAUUACUGGAAAAGAUGCGACGAACAAAGUAUUCGGAUCUCGCUCAGACUACUCUUUCCGCGCCAGUAAUCAGGUUGAAUUGAUGAAGUGGUGGGAAGCCCUAAAUACCUAUAUUUCCGGAUACCAUCAACCCGCGUUUACACAAGAAAACAUGCGUCCUCCAGCAGAGGCUGUCUCUGAGAGUGAUGAUGAUGAUGAUGAUUUUCAACCUACAGCCGAGGCUCGCAGAAAUACCGUCCGUAAUACACCGACUGCUGCUUCCCGCAUCAACUCUCAAGAAACCCGGCCUCAAACUCAAUCUUCAGAUAAAGUUCCCUCAUACAAUGACAGCCAAGCAGAUCCUCCCGUUAAUGAUUUUAUUUUUCAGUCUGAUUUGAGUGGACAUAAUGCUUGGAAUGUGUAAUCUAGAGGAAUUACAUCGAUGUACAUACAUUUUUUAUUUAAGAAUGAGCGUUCUUCGGAGUGUGAAUGUUUAUCUAUUAAAUUCAUGGUUAUAUUGGCCUGUAAUAUAUUAUGCUUGUCAAUUUACGAAUUAUCUUGAAAUGUGAAUUGUCAUUCAGGUUUUAUCUCGUCCGAUUACUGAUUAAUUCUUUUUUAACUUGCUAUUGGCAAUAUUCCAUAGUUGCUAUCGUUUCCCAUGUUCUUAAUUAUUCUUUAUACC